AUGUCAGAAGCAGCCAAUACUGAAAGUUUUAGCAUAUAUUUAGAUGAUGCAAUCUCUAAGAUAGCAGAAAUAAAACUUACUAGGAUUGUUCCACCUAUUUUACAAACAAUGGUUAAUGAGAAAUUUAGUGAAGCGCCAGAAUGGUUUACAUCGGAAAUGAAUAAUAUAAAGUCUGGUUUGACCGCGUUGGAAGCUAAAGUAGAUGACAAAUUUGCCGCAAUGGGGGCUGCAAUUAAUUCUUUCGAUUCAAGACUUGGUGCUUUAGAAUCAAGACUUGGUGCUUUAGAAUCAAGACUUGGUACUUUAGAGUAUGGCCAUUUACGAUUAUUUAAUUAUCUAAGAAGGACAGACUCUUAUGAUGCUGUUAGUAUACCAUUCUUAAAUACGCAAGAAAAUCAAGAAGAAUUGCCCCCAAUUUUGUCAGUACAUGACAUUGAUAGACUAAGCAAAGAACAAUGUCAAAAAUACUUGAAGGGAUACUGUGUUAUGUUUCAUCCAAAUGAAACAGUCAAGCUAAAGGAAAGGUUGCGGGAUGCAUUAGGUUUAUUGGCUGGUUAUGACUGUAACUAUCGAUUUACUACCUUUUCCUAG